AUGUGCAAGGCUGGGAAGGAUUCUGUAGAAAGGUUUAAAGGAGGAAGCAAGUGCCUUGUUCAGGAAAAUGAAAGAAGAGGUCCUCUCCCAAAUAGCGGUACUUACAAUACGCUAAUCCGGGCACACCUUAGAGAUGGUGACAAAGCCGCAUCAGCAGAACUCAUCAACGAAAUGAGAGCUGCGGGUAGGUUUCAGACCAGAGUUGAUCCAAACACUGACAAGAUCAGAGAUUAUAUCAGAAGCAAGGGUAACACUGGUCCUGCUGAGCUUACUGAUAGAGCAGCAAUAGCAAGAUCUUCAGAAUCCGCAGGAUUGGGAUUGAAUGGUAACGUGCAGGUUUUGUGGUUGGUGCCACAGGGAAAUUACAGGGAGCUGGAUACAAAGCUUCUAGUACAAGCUCUCCUUGAACCAGAUUUGCAUAGACUCAACGCUUGGGAAGAUUACACAAGGAUUUCUGAUGCUUCUCGUGAACUUGUAGCAGAUACCGUGCUUCAGUCGAGCAGAACUUAUAGUUACAAUUCGCUUCCCCCACAAGAGAAAUUGGCUGCUGUUAGAAAUCCAGACUCAUUGCAAAAGACAAUGGCUGCAGCAAGCCUUGAACCUGCGUAUACAGUGGAGAGCAAGCUCAUCGUGUCAUUGUAUCAUGCAUUUGUUGAGCCUGCUAAUCUCCUCAUGGAUUCAUGGUCGUUUUCAGAAAAUCUGAGGGAACAAGUCUAUUGUCUCAGGUGGAGUAAGCGAGGUUACUGGUUAUUUUUUGACAAGAAGAUUGCAGAAAAUUUGAAGCUAGUUUGUAAGUGGCUGAUCAUUGAGGUGAAAGGAGCUUCCUGCAGUUUAUUGUCUCUGCGUGUAGCUAUUUGUUCUUGUGAAUAUGAGAUUCUACAGGCGGUGGAUCGUAGAGAAGAUUAA